AUGCAGCAGAAGAGUCCUGCUGAAUUUUUCGCAGAGAACAAAAAUAUUGCAGGGUUUGACAACCCAGGCAAAUGCCUUUAUACCACCGUCAGGGAGCUGGUUGAGAACUCCCUCGAUGCAGCAGAGAGCAGCGGGAACCUGCCAGACGUUGAAGUAACCAUAGAGGAGAUUAGCCAAAAACGCAUGAACACCAUUCGGGGAAUCGCAAAUCUUGAGCGUGUGGAUGAGACCCUGUACCAAGACUUUGAGACAGAGGACCUUAGGAAGAAACGCAUGGCAAAGGAGGCAAGGGAGCAGGAGAAGCUGAUGAAAGCUGCUCAGAAGGCGGAGGUCAAGAGGGCAGCCGCCGCCUCAAAGAGCACCAAGACGUUCUACAAGGUCACUGUGAAGGACAAUGGCACAGGGAUGCCUCACAAGGACAUUCCCAACCUGCUGGGCCGCGUGCUGUCGGGUACCAAGUACGGCCUCCAGCAGACGCGCGGCAAGUUUGGGCUGGGCGCCAAGAUGGCCCUGAUCUGGUCCAAGAUGAGCACUGGGCUGCCCAUUGAGGUCUGGAGCGCCAGGCAGGGCCAGAGCUUCAUCUCCUACUACAAGCUCGACAUUGACAUCCACAAGAAUGAGCCGAACGUGCAUAAGACUGAGGAGAAGCCAAAUCCAGACAGGUGGCAUGGCGCAGAGCUGAGCGUCACCAUCCUGGGCAACUGGCAGUACUACAGAGCCAAGAUCCACAAGUAUCUGAGGCAGAUAGCAGUCAUCACGCCCUACGCAAAGUUCAGCUUUGCCUAUGUGGCCGAGGACGAGAAGAACAGCAUCCGCAUCAACUUCACAAGGCGCACUGACAAGAUGCCUGCUCCCCCCAAGGAAGUCAAGUACCAUCCGGCUUCUGUGGAUCUUGAGCUCAUCAAGCGCCUCAUUGCUGUGACCAAAUGCUCAACACUGCGCCAGUUUCUGUACAAGGACUUCUCCUCGAUCUCCAAAGACUAUGCAGGCAUGCCACCCCAUCAGCCAAGCAGAUUCCCAAUGCCAUUACACUCUCUUUCACAGCAAUGCAAGGGACUCCUGCACCAGCUGCUGCACGAGGCCAAAUUCAAGGACCCUGACAAGGACCACCUCAGCCCUGCCGGGGAGUACAAUCUGCGCCUGGGGAUCCUGAAGGAGCUCAACCCUGAGCUUGUAGCCACGCACCAAGGGGAUGCACGCGUGCUGGAGGGUCAUGCAUUUGUAGUGGAGGCGGCAGUGAGCGUGGGAGGCCGGGACAUCAAGCCCGGCAUUAACGUGUACCGCUUUGCCAACAGAAUCCCCCUGCUCUUUGAGGGGGGAUCAGACGUCAUCACAAGGACGGCUCUGAAGCGGAUCAAUUGGGCUAACUACAAGAUCAACCAGACCAGUGACAAAGUGGGUGUCUUUGUCAGCAUUGUGUCCACCAAGAUCCCCUACAAGGGGGCAGGCAAGGAGUACAUAGCUGAUGACAUGGACGAGAUGGUGCAUGCAGUCAAGCAUGCCCUGCAGCAGUGCUGCCUGCAGCUGAAGGUGAAGAUCACAAAGCAGCAGGCCGCGAAGGAGCAGAAGCUGCGCCGCAAGAACCUGAUCAAAUAUGUCCCCAACGCUGCGGCUGCUGUCUUCAAGGUCCUGCAGACCAUGUCCGAGACACCUGCGGUGGGCCCCAAGCGGCGGCGGAUGGAGACAGACAAUGACAUCCUGGGCCCCGUGAAGAGGCGUGAGGUGGAGGAGGGAACGCUGGUGCAGCGCCUGACCGAGUACGUUGAGCGCAUCGACACCGACAUGGCGCUGGAGUACCAGAUGCAGCAGGGGAUGGCGGAGGGCAUGCAGCAGCCGCUCUUCCUCAUGCCGCAGACGGCGCUGCAUAGCUACGGGCCGCCGCUGCAGGGGACUGCAUGCACAGUCUGCCUGCUCAGCGUGGGAUGA